GUUAUGUUGGAUGGUAUGGGACGGGUGAUGGAUGAAUAGGUUGAUAUUAUUAUUUAUCAUGUACAACAAUAAAAAUUAAAUGUAUAAUACCAUUGGAUGCUGGAUACACAUGAACGCAAACCUCGUGGAUUUAAAAAAAUGGUUUAUCCUCAAAAAAAGUAUUAUCGACAAAGAGCACAUGCAAAUCCAAUUGCAGAUCACUGUUUGACCUACCCAAAAAAUCCUCUUGAGGUAAAUUGGUCUCAAUAUUAUCCUGAAAUACAUAUUAAUGAAGAACGAACAGUUAAAUUCCUUGAUAUAGGUUGCGGAUAUGGUGGACUUUUAGUAACAAUUUCACCUAUGUUUCCUCAAAGAUUAAUUUUAGGUGUAGAAAUUCGUGUUAAAGUUUCAGAUUAUGUAAUAGAUAGAAUACAUGCAUUACGAAAGGCACAACCAGGCUGUUUUCAAAAUAUAGCUUGUUUAAGAACAAAUGCAAUGAAAUAUUUACCAAACUAUUUUAGAAAAGGACAGUUAGAAAAAUUGUUCUUUUUAUAUCCAGAUCCUCAUUUUAAGAAGGCGAAAUAUAAAUGGAGGAUAAUAAAUAAAAAUUUAUUAGCAGAAUAUGCCUACGUUUUAUCAGUUGGUGGGAUAGUGUAUACAAUUACAGAUGUUAAAGAUUUACAUGAAUGGAUUGUUAAACAUUUUACAGAUCAUUCGUUAUUUCAACAAAUAGAACCAUUAGAAUUGGAGAGUGAUCCUAUUGUCGAGAAAUUGUAUGAUAGUUCUGAAGAAGGAAAGAAAGUUACUCGCACCCAAGGGGAUAAGUUUUUAGCAGUUUUUCGAAGAGUUGAAGAUCCUUUUUUAAUUUCAAAUCUGAAUUAAUAGAAUAAAGUAGAUUUAAGAACU